AUGCUGGCCUGCUGUGUGGGAAAAAGCCCCAUCACAGGGUUAAAGGAGCGGGCCGGAGAUGGGCGGGAACACACCGGCUUGGCUCUGCCUCUGUACCAUCCGUGCGUCUGCGGCACUGAGCAGCUUCCCAAGCCGCCGAGAAGCUGCCACCCUCCGCCCUGUCUGCAGUCCAUCCCCUAUCCUUCAGUCCCGAUCAUGCUUCUGUCCCCCCGGAGACCCGCAGUAGCGAUGCAAGCCCGAGGAGCUCGCUUUGGACACCCAGCGCGCACGGCUCUCUCCUCCUGA